GUUCCGACUCUGUUUCGAUUGUCUUGUCAGAAACAGGUUUGUGUGUUGAUCUUGAUGUACUUAAGCCGCAGCCGCUACAGAUUCUCGUCGUAUGUUUUUGGGAUAGAUUGUCGCCGUUAUAGAAGAAACCAAACAAUUUUUUUAGGCAGUAGGCACCAGCAGACGAGGACAGCGACCAUGUUGACAAUGACACUCACGUAACUUCUUUUGAUUAUCCGUACGCCGGCUAGUGUCACCACCCAGGCCUUCUUGCCAAAACAGAAAUACACACUAUGCCGGUCCACGACGUGCUCCUAGCUGCGCUGGAGCUCAGCGUCGAGCUUUUGCGGAAACGGGAAGAGAAGCAACAUGCCGGCGGUGGUGCAGCCAGCAGCUCAUCUUCCAGCAGCUCAAAUGCUGCUCCCACAAAUAACCUGAGCCAACAAGCCCUCGCCGAGGUGAACAAGGUCGUCGCAACCGCUUUGUCGACUCUCCGAUCCAGAUUUCGAACGGCCAUGCUCGAGAACAACUUGGCGUUGACUUUAGACCCACAGACGAAGGAGCUGUCCGUUUUUGGGGCGGCGGAGGAACAGGACGAAGAUGAGGAUGCAGAUCGUGAUCCAGACGCCAUGGAAGUUGACAGCGAAAUCUUCGAACAAGACAGAAAAAGCCCAGGUGGAACUACUCGUACUCGGACUCCGCAGAAGGACAAGAAUCUGCCAACCUUCGUGCAAGAUUUCAACAAAGUGAUCAGACGAACCCUCGCUAAAACCGAAGCAGAUCCAAGCAGCACGGCGAAUUUGAUUGCGAGGCUGAAGGCGUCGUCGUCGACCACUUCCACCACGCUCGCAACGACGAACACAACGCAACCAGAAAACGACAAAAAAGCAGAACCUAUCAUGCUGAAUUUCGAAGACGUCGACGAUACGUUUGAAUUUCUGAAAAUCCAGCAUCUCCCCACCCUCCCGCAGAAACCCGGGUCAAAUUGGGUCUACCCUGGGUUGCCAGGGCGCGUCGCGAAUUUGAACAUCCGGCACUUUUUGGAAGCGAUGCGGGCGAAAAAUUUGAAGGAGGAUCGCAACCCGUUUGACGUGAAAGAAGCAUUGAAGCACGGAGGGAAGCGGAAGGACUCGGUUGAAAACAAUGAUGACCUGAUGUUGCAGGAGGACAGUCAGAACAAGAAGGGAACAUCAAGUAGCGCAGGAGAUGGUCUUCUUGCGGUCGCGGGAACAGCAUCAAACAAGAGACAAAGGACAUCCAGCAUUGACGCGAGCAUUCAGGAGCAGCUUGGAGGUGCAGGUGCUGGUGCUUCCAGCCCGCAUUUUCCUGGGAUGAAUGAGGACGAUUUACCUGCUGAGGAGGAUGAUCCGGAGAACAAGAACAGCUGGAAAGACCAACAGAAUAAAGGUGGUUCCAUCACAACCAUCAACCCCGCGGAGCAGUUUCAGGUCGGGAAGAACUCCUCCAUGCAGUUUGUCCAGUACAGCCGUAAACUCCAACUAAAAGCGCUCCCCCACCCAUCCCCCGUUUCCGAGCCACUUUCUAUCGCGAACGUGGAUCUCCUAUGAACUGCAACUAAGUCUGGGUCUCGAAGAGUGCGAACUUGUGAUGCGCAUUUCACAACACAGACAAAUCUCUCAUGCAUAGGCAGCAAAAGGCGCCCACUUCCUGUCACCAAAAUGGGGAAUUUGUCAUGCGGAUUAAGCAAUGCGGAAGCUUCUCGAAAUCUGUGACGCUAGGGCUUCCAUGACAGACAUUCUGUGUCAUGCAAAAACAGCAUGACAAAAAUCUGCAUUCUUCCAGACCCAGACAUUUUUACAUUUGAUAUCUCCCACGCGUAAAGCCGAGUUUCGAACUGCGGAUACCCUACCAAUUGUUCGAAAAGGGAGCACUAUCCUCCCAGCAACUCGAAACGAUCACCUACGCUGCGAUGCGAUUAGACGAUAGGAGGGCCGCGAACAAAACCGCGGCGGGGUGUGCACGGAUGAACGCAUAUUUAUUGGGGGACGGGACCGGAUGCGGAAAGGGGCGGGUCAUUAGCGCGCUCAUCAUUCACAACUGGAAUCUGGGGAUUAGGAGGUACUAUGAAUUUCUUUGGUGAAGUAUUUUUACUUUUUGCUGUUGCUUGCAUUAUCCGCGUGACAAGAGGACCUUUGGCUGUUCAUUCUUUCUGGUGUCGCAACAUAACAAACUCACACAUCAAGAAACGGAAAUAACUAUCAGACACAUCUGGGUUUCCGCCACCGCGCAACUGCUAGAGGACGCCCGCCGCGACCUCCGGGACUUAUCCGCCACACACAUACCCGUCAUGUCUGUCUCCGACUUCAUCGAUCGACUGCAGUAUCCUGUGCAAAAGUACUAUCGCACUCGUAUAGAUUGCAGCCAUGCAUGACAAGAAAUCUGCACUCUUACCUGAAUCUGCAUGAGAAAUUUAAGUUUUCUGCUUGAGAAAACUUGUCAUGCAAUUUAUACUUAGCACGAUACUUUUGCAAUGCAUAUCCAGCAAAACAACCCCAUGAUAUCCAAUUUGCCCGCGAAGCUCCGGUCGAAGCUGGGGACGGACAAGAAGGCAAGAGACGAUCUGCGGGACGGGAAGAGGAUCAAAUUUCUCGAGGAAUUGAACUUCGACGGGAUCGAGGGGAUUGUUUUUUUCACCUACAUAUGCAUUGCAAAAGCAUCGUACUCGUAGAAAUGCAUGACAAAUUAGCCCAGCAUUACAAAUCAAAUUUGUAAUGCUGAUUUGCCUUGAGAAAGAAAUUUGUAAUGCAUGAUUGCAAUUACAAUUACUACGAGUACGAUAUUUUUGCAGUGGAUACUACAACAAGCUCGCCCGGGACGUGAAAAACGAACUGAUGCCGGUGCUGCAGUAUCAAAUGUAAAAAUGUCUGGGUCUGGAAACUUGUGAUGCUGGGUGGCGUCUCAUGAUGAGGCUACGAAUGCUGGCUCAGCAUGACAAGUUUCUGAGCUCCUACGUGUUACCUAUUCUGCAUGACAAACUGCGCUUCUGCAUCACAGAAAAGCGGAGCUCUUGGGUAACGUGCAUGACAGAUUUAAGAGUCAUGCCAGACAAGCAUGACAAACAUGAAUUUUUCCAGAUCCAGACAUUUUUACAGUUGAUAUGCAGUGGUUCACGCACGGGGAGGCGCGGUUGCAUUCCGAGAGGAAAGUUGUGGACGAAGACAUGGGGGACGGCGGAUACAUGAAGAACGCCUUUGCGGAAGCUCUAGCGAGCGUGGAGAUGAGCAACAACGCUUUCAAUUCCAACAAGCGAAAGCGACAUUUGGAGGAAUUAUCCAGCGGAUCUGGUUCGAACUACCGGGCGGAGAAGAUCGCGAGGAAUAAGAAACAGAAGGAAGAACAGGAACGACAGUGGGCGCACCUGUCGCCGAGAAGUCGGGACGCGGCGAGGGAGGAUGCGGCACUGCAGGAAUUAUUGCUGGAUACGGCGAACCUGUCAACAGCAGGAGUGACAACUUCUUCUAAAGGAAAAAAUAAAACGAAAAAAGAGUUAGAACAAGAGAAACGCGACCAGGAAAGGCAACUGAAACAGCAACAGCUCAACAACCAGCCCAACGGAAACCGAACGUUAGGCAUUCUCGCCUUCGACGAGGCGCACAAGGCGAAAAACCUGCAAAUCAGGACGAAAAAAGACGGCACGGUUGAUAAGUCGCAGAGUUCCAAGAUCGGGCUAGCGGUUUGUGAUUGGCAGGAGCUGUAUUGCAGGAAUUCCAAAGUCGUCUACGCGUCCGCAACAGCAGCGACAGAAGUGAACAACAUGGGCUACAUGAGUCGUUUAGGGCUGUGGGGCCCGGAGAAGGUUUACAAAACGUUCCAGGACUUCUCCAAGUCCAUCUCCUCCGGCGGCGUCACCGCGAUGGAGGUGGUCGCGAUCAAUUUGAAAGCGUAUGGGGUCAUGAGCUGCCGGAGUCUGUCCUACUGUGGCUGCGAGUUCUCCCAGAUCCCGAUGGAGUUAACGGAAAAGAUGCAGAGGACGUACGAUAAUUGCUGCGGGUUAGUCAGGGAAAUGAAGGAAGAAUUCGCAUAUUUUAUCGACCACCCGGUAUUGGGCCAGUUGUACAAAUCCCAGAUGAAACAAGCGAAAGGUGGGGAUAAGAAGAACAAUAAGUCUUUAUCUUCGGACGAAGAUAACGAUGCUGACGAUUUUAUCCGCAGUAAAAACGUCCCCACCCCAGAGUUGUCAUGCAAUUCUGCAUGCCAAAAAAGUUUCUCAUGCGGAGACCUAUGAGAAGCGUUUUCUAUUCGUGCUUUGGAAUUUGUGAUGCUAGAAUCAGCAUGCUAUGCUAGAUCUGUGAUGCGUCUGAACUAGCUAAACAGGACUACACUACGAGGACAAACUUGUCAUGGCAGACAACCAAGGCUGGCUUAUUUGUCUAGCAGAUUUCCCAUCUUGACUCUGGUGUGGGUACGUUUUCAAUCAGGAUAGAUUUGAACGACGAGAGGAUGUUCGACAGUGAUUACGAGGAGGAGCUGGUGAACGAGAAUAGUAGGCGGAGGAAAAAUAAACCAAAAGCAAAGGCGAAACAAGGACCCGGAAGCAAAAGCAAUAAAAACGAAAUCGUUUUGGAAGGCCGGGUGAAGUCCAAACGGGAUUUGUGGCGGGAAUUCUGGUCGUUUCAGCAGCGGUUUUACAAACAUCUGCUCGUGUGUUUCAAGAUCGACAAGACGGUGGAACUGAUUCAAGAAGCGUUAAAGCCGGAGAAUAACGUAUCGCAAGAAAAAACUGUUUCACUGUGAACUUGUGAUGCAUAGAACGGAACGCAAGUGUGUUUGUCUUGCUAUACAUGCAACACAUUGGAUUUCUAGCUGUGUUUUCCCUUAGGAAGCACGCAUGCCAAGUUUUCUUUGUCAUGCGUAACUGACAAACUUGUGUUGCAGAUCUUGCAAAAUCACCACAGUGAAACAGUUUUUUCGUUGGAUAUAGCGAGCAGGUGGUAGUGAGUCUUUGGUCCACGGGGGAAAGCAGGAUUGUCGAGCACUUGAACAACAGAGAUGAGGACGAGAUCGGAGUCAGAAAUAACAACGACCCGAAUGAGCCCGAACAACUCCUUUCUGGCCCUUUACUCGCUUUGCAGCACGCCUUGGAUCAGUUUUUCAAAACCUCCGAGCAGUGCCCCGAGUCGUUUCUGAAGAAGAACGCACUGGAGGAGAAGCUGAAAUCCUUUCAAGAUGAUUUACCGCCCAACGCAUUGGAUUAUUUGAUAGAACGGUGUGGCGGGCACAAAGCGGUCGCGGAGAUUUCGGGAAGAUCGAAACGGAUGGUCCGCGACACGCGGACUUUACAGAUCAAAUACGAGCAGCGAACCGCGGAGAGCAAUUUCGUCGUUCCGCUGAAUGGAAUCGGGGCGGCGCAGAUCUCGGCGAAUAUGGAGAAGUACGGAGGUGUUGCUGGGCAGAGCUCGACAUCGUCGGCAUCUGCGUCGAGUUCCUCCACAGCGCUGGCUAUAAGUUCUGGAGGAUCGUCAUCUUCAUCCAGUAGCAGUAGUGGCGCAGGAGCGGGUGCAAGUAGCAGUAGUAGAGCUCCUGUUUUUGGCGGCGCUCCACUACAGCAGCCCGUAGCUGCUUUCGGGUCUGUCCAAUUUACCAAAGAGGAGUACAACGCGAAAGUGUCUCGUGCGAAGAAAAAAGCGAAGGCGCAGCCGAAAUCCCGCCAAAAUAAUAAUCGCAGAGGAAAUAACAAUAACGACGACAAUUUCUUGCUCCAAGAAUUAGAACGGGAUUUGAUGAACCAGCGGGCCGGACUACCCCUAGGAAAUACAAAUAACGACCUAGCCGUGAUCCAGGCUGCCAAUUCCUGCAACCGCGCCGCUACCGGGUCCGCAGCAUUGAACAUCGCGGAGCAGCACCACUUUCAGUCCGGCCGCAAGAAAAUCGCGUUGAUCACCGAGGCGGGUUCCACCGGAAUUUCCCUUCACUGCGAGAAGCGGCCCCCGCAGGAUGCCGAUCCGAAAGUGUUCCAAUUCCGGAAACGACGGAUGAUUACAAUAGAAUUACCCUGGGGGGCGGACAAGGCGAUUCAGCAUAUGAAAGCCUCAGGUUGGAAAUCCUCAAAGUGGAAAUAGUUUGUAAUGCAAAAAAACGACUCCAGUUGAGUCGCCAUUUGUAGUCAGCGCAUGACAAAUUUCCCGGGCACUCAAAACGUGUCUGUCAUGCUAGUUAGGCAAAGGGGUGCACUUCUCUCGUGCGAAUCAGCACUCCAAUUCUUAACCCGUUGCACGACAAUAGUCGGCUUCCAUUGCAUCCUAUGCAAUACAGUCUUUUUUGUGUCGCAUUUCAUGCAUCACAAAUUAUUUCCACGUUGAGGAUUUCCAUUCUGAGGCUUUCAUACAGCAAUUCGGCCGGAUCCACCGCUCGAAUCAAGUGCACCAACCGCGGUUCCAAAUUGUCAUCACCCCGGUGCAGGGGGAAAUCCGGUUCGUUUCCUCGAUUUCUCGCCGCAUGAAGCUGAUGGGGGCAGUGACGAAAGGGGACAGACACAGUACCAUGGGCGGCGUGGAUGAGUGUCUUGAUGGUUUUGACAUCAACAACGCGUAUGGGAAAAAAGCGCUCUCCUGUUUGUUGGACGAUCUCCGCGGACACCCGCCGGACGAUCGGAUAUGAGAGUACACAACUCCCCCUGCCCCUCAUUUGCAUGACACGAAUGGCAAUACAAACACCAGCACACGUGGAGCCAGUGCAUGACAAGUGCCUUUGCCUAGCGUAGUGCUGUAGUUUCAGCUUCCGGAAUUUGUCAUGCAAACCGUGCCACAAGGCACCGUUAAGGCACCCACUGCGUUUGGGAUUUUGCAUGACAAAGGAGGGGGAGGGGGAGUUGCUUACUGUCAUAUCGGAAGGAGAAAAUCUACGACUUGAUGGAUUUUUACAACGAAGAUUUCAAGAAAGACGCGUUUUUGAAUUUAGAGUUGUGCGAUUUGUUCAGAAGCGCGACGGGGGAUAGCAAACUCAUGGCGCACCUACACUCUGAAGAAUUGGAAGAGUCGAACAACCUGAACCGAUUCUUGAACCGGCUGCUGAUGCUGAACUUGGACAUGCAGGACUCGGUUUUUAAGUUGUUCGAAGCAAUCUAUGACCAUCUUGUGCAGGUGGACAAGGAUAAUGAUAACUACAACCAGGGGAAGAUUGUACAACUAAACCGCGCACCUUUAGAACGGGCUUUCGCAACAUCCUCGAAGUCACUCUACUCCGACCGGAAUUACAACGGCGCGAAGUGCAACAUCACCCACAUUCGGUUGGACCGGGGUAUUCCCUGGGACACAGUGUGGCAAAAAUACGAGAAGGAGAUGCUACCCAGGAUGGAGCGCUUGAAAAAGGACGCGGAUGAUUACGAACGGGACAAAUUGCAGAACGCGACGGACAUCACGAACAGAGUGGAGUUGUUCAACCGGCAACAGAAGCUCAACCGUCUGCGCCGCAAGCACAACUACUUCGCGAACGAGGGGUUUUGGUACUAUGCAUUGCAAAAGUAUCGUACUCGUAUAUUUAUACUAUAAAUGCAUUACAAAUUUCCUCAGCAUGAGAAAUAAAAACUUGUCAUGCGGAUCUACCUUGGGAAAAAAAUUUGUAAUGCAUGACUGCAAUUAGUACGAUCGAGUACGAUACUUUUGCAGAGCAUAGGUACUUCCGGCCGACGAUGUGUCAGGACAAAAAACGGCGCGAGAUUAUGGUAGUGUCAGGAUUGAAAUCGUCAAAGUUGAAAUAGUUUGUGAUGCAUAAAACGGAUGCCGGUUGGAGCCCAGUUUCCAAGUGGCGCACGACAAAUUUGGGUAGAGACGAAAUCCAGUCUGUCAUGCUGUUUGGGUAAGAAAGACGCCUUUUGUCAUGCUACUUUAGCAGCUCAGCUUCUACCCCUGAACAGGCUUACAAUCUGCCUCACUUGCCUACUCUGCAAGACAGGCACUUUGAGGGCUGCAUUUUAUGCAUGACAAACUAUUUCAACUCUGACGAUUUCAAACCUGACGCUUCCAUAGAGAUGGCGUUGGCGAGGUUCAACGUGCGGACGUUGAGCUACGAGUUGUGGCUGCCGCAUAGAGGGUAUGAAAGAAGUACGCAACUCCUCCUCCCCCUCAUUUGAAUGGCGUAAACAGCAACACAAGUGCUGGCAUAAAAGCAGCUUUUGCGUGACAAAUUUGUUUCGGCUUCCGAAAUCUGUCAUGCAAGAUGUGCCAAAGAGAAAAGGGCGGACUUGGUAUUUUGCAUGACAAAUGAGGGGGAGGGGGAGUUGUGCAUUGUCAUAGAGGAGCGGUUGGGAGUUGGAACACGUUUUCGAAGAUCCAAAUUGGAAGAGACGUAUCAAAUGCAAAAAUGUCUGGGUCUGGAAGAGUGCGCGAUUUGUCAUGCAGCUUUUCCAUGACCCAUGAGGUCUGGAAUGCAGGACCUAGCAUGACAGGUUUUGCGCGAUCUCUCUCAUGCCUAUUCUGCAUGAGAAACUCGCUCCCGACUUGGUCAAAACUGGACGACUUUUGGCAAUCACGCAAUACAGAUUUUUGCACGCUUCAGAUUUAGCAUGACAGGUUGCAUUCUUCCAGACCCAGACACUUUUACAUUUGAUAAGACGGCGUGCUGAAUGAAAGGAAUAAUUGGUACAAAAUCCAGUUCAUGACUGAUGAAGAUUUGCAAAGAGAGCAGCAGAGGAGUAGAGGCUUGAUGGGCCGCGUCCUCGGCACGAACCGGGGGCCGCACAAAAUGACGAAGGAAGACGUGCGGAAAGCCUGGAUGAAUCACUACGAGGAGGCACUUUUUAAGUGUACGCACUUGCAACGCGGGUUGAAGUGCAACAACGGUGCUUGUUCCGAAGGCGCGCGGUUGCGGAACAUCUCCAUGCUAUGGAACUGUCAGGAUCGAAGUCGACAAAGUUGAAUAAAUUUAUGAUUUGUCAUGCAUAAAAUGGAUUCCAAUUCGCACCCAGUUUCCAUGUGGCGCAUGACAAAUGCUGGUGGUGCCUGAAUCCAGUUUGUAAUGCUGUUUAGGCAAAGAAGACUGACUCUCUCGUGCUACUUUAGCAGCUCGAGCUCUAACCCCAAAGAGGCUUACAGUCGGCCUCACUUGCCUGCUUUGCAACACACGUAUUUCGCGCCAUGCAUUUCAUGCAUUACAAACUACUUCAUCUUCGUCAAUUUCGAUCCUGACGCUUCCAUACAUGCUCCACGGCGCGUUCCUCGAGUGCUGGUCGGUGAUUUCCGGGGUUUUGGCCGAUAAGAAUAGCAGUGACGACCCUUUGAAAUUCGUCUUCUCCGGGGGCACGACAAGUGGCUAUGGGGACAAAGGUGGCGUCCAGAAGAUGAAAUUAGUCCGGUGCCAAAUUUCCGACGAAAUAGACUGGGAAGACGUUUCGUCUUUAGUGGGUGUCCAGGUCGAGUCGAAAGCGGUCAAGGAUCUUUCCUACGUGUUGGAGGCGAUGGGCGGGAAGGGGAAGAAGGAAGCCUUGAAAUUGCAAAACUUGAACGGCGAAAACCAGCAGGAGAUUGGGAAGUUAAUGUUGCAGAACAAGAAAAACGACGACGAGGAUUCGGACGACAGUGUGGAGAUUAUCGAAAACGUUCCCAGCCCAAGUAGAAACGGGAAGGAUAACAAAUCCAAGUCCAACGAGAACCUGGAGCCGCCUCUGAAGAAGCGGAAAAUCGAAAAAGCGACGGAGGAGAACGUGUUGAAUGCGUUUGUGAAAUAUUUCGAAACCCUGUACGACGAGCACAAAGAGUCUGAUGUCGAGUGGACGCACUGGCUGGAGGCGCACAGGGACAUCGGCCAAAAGUUCCCCUACGUCCAUUCCCCGACGGGAUUGGCUUUGUUGAAGAAGACGUUGGAUGAUUUGAUGAAAUCUGGCGCGAUUACGAAACUGAUCAUACACGGUCGCUGCGUCGGGAUGCAGUGCGAACUACAUAUGAACUGCAAAAGUAUCGUACUUGUAGUAAUUGCAGUCAUGCAAGACAAAUUUCGUUUUCAAGUUAAAUCAGCAUGACAAAUUCCGUUUGAUGUCAUGCUGAGCCAAUUUGUGUUGCAGUACUACGAGUACGAUACUUUUGCAGUUCAUACUACAUCUAUUGCAGCAGUACGAGCGGACGCAGCGGUUGGCCAGGGAGAACCGAGUGAUCAACUCGACUGGGUUGCCAGCCGGGUUACCAGCCGAGGAUGAUGAUGAAAGUUCCUCUGAAGAAGGUUAUGACUCGGAAGAGGAGAAGGCACGAAUAAAUGCGGCGAAUAAAAAGAGGCCAGCUGGUGGUAGUGGUACCAACGCGAGUAGGAGUCAAGGCGGUGCUGGUGCAGCGGUGGCUGCAAACAAACGAGGACCAGGAAAUCCACAGGCUGGCGGAGCAAGUUCUUCUAGCUCAGGCGCCGCAGCGUCUUCAUCGUCUUCGGCGGCCGGACACUCUGGAGCUGCUGCGUCUGGUACUUCCUCGUCUGGAUCCAGGGUAAACAACAAGCUGAGCUUCAAUCCCGCUAGAAAUAAUGGACAACAUCAAAACGAUCUGGUGCCCGAUGAUGAGGAUCCUGUCUUCGGUUCAGCUGCUGUGGACUCUCAAUACAACGUCGAGGAGCCGAAAGUGAUGAAAGAUCUGACGAUCGGGAACACGGUAUCCUGUGCAAAAGUAUCGUACUCGUAGUAAUCGCAGCCAUGCAUUACAAAUCUCGCUCCCAACGCAAAUCAGCAUGAGAAAUUCCAUUUGUCAUGCUGAGCGAACUUGUAUUGCAAUUACUACAUAGUACGAUGCUUUUGCGGUUCAUACACGGAUAGCCAGAGCAACGUCUUGCAGUACGACAAAGUGCAGUUUCCGAGUCGGAGGAGACAAGCUCAAGUUGCACCGAAUCCAAUCGUCCCUGGAGCGGGCACAGCAGGCGACACGACUACAACUUCCGGCGCAAAUCAGUUCGCUUUUCCGCAACAACAGCUGAACAACAUGAACAACCAGUCCCAGUUCGCCUCGUCGUUUCUCCAGCGACCAAACCUCCAGCCAAAGCGCCCAGACCCAGCCGCGACAUUGCGGAUUCAGAAGAACUACCUGGACUUGAUCAAGAAGGGGAAAAAAACGGUUGAGGGGAGAAUUAAAGACUACCGGGUGAAAUUCGUCAAAAAGGGAUCUACUCUCCGGUUCGAGUGCGGCCAGGAACUCUAUGACGUGGAGGUCAUUGAGAGACAAGAAUUCCCCAGCUUCGCAUCCUAUUUGACCUCCAUGGGGCUGCAGAAGUGCCUCCCUGGGUGUUCCUCUUUGUCAGAAGGGAUCAAGAUUUACCAUUCGUUCCCGAAUUUCGAGUCGAAGGCGAUAACGCACGGGGUCGUCGCGUUUGUGGUGAAAAGAUUCGACGAAAAUGUGAACCAGGUGUUUUCUGCGGGAUCAUUGAACAGCACCGCAAAUAAUCCCUUGAGCCACCUCGUUGCGCAGAAGAACAGCAGUAGUUCCUCUUCCUCGUUCCUGCAGAUGAACAAAAACACAAACAGCUUCCUCAACCAACAACAGCAACUGAAGCAAGACACGGCCGUCGAGAGUCAGGACCCGAGCGUCAUGAUUUUGGAAGACGAAGACAGUGACGAUUUGCUGAUCCUGGGGGAGAAAGACGGCGAAAGCAUCGCGAACCAACUCGGGACGUUCAACAAAGCGAAGAGCAAGGAGAAUGUCAAUGUCGCUGCUAGCACAACGAAACAAGCCGGGGAGCCGGCGGUGGAGCAGGUCCAGGUCGAGGUCGUGCCGCAAGACCAGAACUUCUACGUCGAGAAGAAAGUAGAGCCUCCACCAAAGGAGCUAGUCAAGAAUCAAGUCGAACAAACCGGGGAAGAUCAAUUUGGUCACCAAACACCAGUAUCGCGUGCAAAUGUGCCUAGGGGGUAGGGCAGGCCCAAAUCUUUUGGGCGGAUAAAAAUACAGCUUCUUUCGCAUUUUUGGCAUAAUUGGUGCAAAAAAAUUGCACAGCUUUGGACCCCUUUGCGCAGCCCGUAUGCAUUUAUUGCGCCGCGGCUUCUGUGCCCCCUUUCUGUGCGCGCGCUAUCCGGUUUUUUUUUGUGUUGCGCGAUGAAGAUGUUGCGGCACAGGCCGAAAUCCCAAUCGCGCCGCGCAUUGUGGCCUACGUGCCGGCCUGUUCGUGCGCAGCUUUUUUCCCAGACGAGAAGCCGGGAAAGUUGUGGCGCAGUCUGGGGCCCAAGCACCCCGCUUUGGCCAAGGGCUUGGGCAAGGACUUGGGCCGAUAGAUGGCGGCCGCCCAAGAUGAUUUGUAUGUCUGGGUCGGUGCAACAAGAACAACUUGAUGCCCGCACGGGCCACAAUUUUGAAUCUUUGCAGCCUGCACGCAGCAAACUGCUGCGUGCUGCCUGGAAAGAUUCGCCACUGCAAACACAUUCGCCAUUAUACCAUGGCCCUUUCUGAGUGCGCAGCAGCGUGCGUAUUCGUCAUGCCUUGCCAGCUGCUUCGCUCCUCGCCCAUGGCCUUGGGUCGUUUUCAUCUCAGCGCGGCACCAACAAGCACCUUCAGCGAAAGAAGGUGUUUGGAAGUGCCUUGGUUUUCACGGGGAAAAAACAAUUUUUAUUAUGAAAAAAUGCGACUUUGCGUGGGGGCUAGACCACAAUUUGUGGUGGAGAAGCUGGUGUAGAAGCUGGUAGGGAAGCUUGUGAGAAAGCAACACUCCUACCAGCUUCUUCGCCCGCUCACUCUUCGCGUUGGCGACCGAGAUGGAAUUUGGGCGCGGAUCGAUCUGCCGUGGGCGAGGAAAUGCUACCGUCUGCAGCCCGCACGCAAUAGCCUCCUGCGUGCUGGCUGCAUAAGUAUCUUCCCGCUCGUGGGUAUUUGGGCUCCAUUUCCCGCUUGUGGAUACUUCGCCUCCUCCGGUGUGUUCUCCGCCACCUUGGUCCAACCUCUAGUCGAGCCCCCGACAGCCCAGCCUCACUCCUGCCUGCGCUAUCGCGCAGCCUCUUGCCCCUGCGCCACCUCCGGCGCCGCGCCUGGCGGAACCUCGGGCCCCGCGCCUGGCCCAAGGCCGCGCGCAAACCGGUGAGUCAAGAAUCAAGUCGAACAAACCGGUGAAGAUCGAUUUGGUCACCAAGCUCCAGCUCCACCAGCCCCAGGCACUUACGAACCUCCACCACCACUCACCUCGGACGAAAAAGAGGAAAUCAUCGCCGAAGUCGCCCACAGCGUCAGGAAUCAGUACAAGGGCUACCCGGACACGACAGCAGAGCACUUCUUGAAGCUCAAACUCAAGGCGCUGGGCGUGGCGGAAGAUGAGAUCAAACGAGUGGUCGAGGAGAAGAUUCACGGACAAGGAGGACCACAACAGCUGCACCAAAAAUCUACCGGGGUCGAGAGUGCGGGAUCUGCGCUGGGGAACAAGUUUGCGAGCAACGACCGGUGGCUGACAGCGGACCUGAAGCCGAUAAAUAACGACGAUAUCAUUCAAGAGCCAGAGCCGCACUGCUCUGUGAAAGAUGAUAUUAUUUCCGGACGGGGAGGGUUUGUGAAGAGAAAAAGGAAAAUGUCGGAGAUCGAGAAGGAUAUAGAUCUCUUGUUGCGACAAGGGAGGGAUUUACCGGACAAUUUGAUGCAAGAGCUGGAGGAAGCGGGGGCUCGGGAGGGGGUGCUGGAUAGGAGAGAUAACGAUGUUGGCACAACUACUACCUUUAACAACAACAGCAGCAGCAGCAGCAGCGGUGUUAUUUCGGCAGCUGCCGGUGCAGGGGCGGCCCCCGAUUUUCUUCGCUCAGGAGGUGAAGCAGCAGCAGCGCCCAAUCUACUCCACCCGCCGAACCUCGACAGUGAAAGCCAGCAAGUCCGGGAAGCGAUGUCGGAGGCAGCGAAGACGGAAGAAAUUGAGCGAAUUUUCGCAGAGGGGAGGGAAUUUACAACAGAAGAGAUGGCGAGGCUCUUCGGGGACGAAACUGGAGGCGGUGUUGCUACGGCUGCUAGUGCAGCUGCUCUUGUUCCUACUUUAGCAUCUUCAUCCGCACUACAACCUGCGAACUCGCUGUUUGAACCGCAACCGCAAGCCAGCGAUGCGCCGUCGAGGCUGAACGGAGGCACCGGAGGAGCAGGAGCAGGCGGUGCAGCAUCCUCUUCAUCUUCGUCUUCAGCGAAAAAUCCUAACGAUCUCAACGCUAUUAACGAGGGCAAGAAGUGCAACUCUAGCACGGUCGUUGGCGGUCGUCCUGCUCUCGGUCUUCUCUCGAGUACUACGGUGGCAGAGAUCAGAAAUUCGAAGUCCUCGAGCUUCAAGUCCGCGCAGUCGAAUAACAGCAAGGAGCAAGCGACGGCCGCAGUAAACAAGCAUCCUGCUGCUGCAGCGGCUGCAGAGAAUGAUAUUUCCUCGGAUGAAUCUGAAUCCGGGAGCAGCACGAGUGACAGCAUGAUGCCGGUGAAACAGGAUGAUCCUGGUGAGAAAAACGAUCUGCUCGAUGAUGUUGAAGACGACAUUUUUGACUUUGACGAUGAUGCCAGGGUGUUUCUAUCCGCAAGUGCGGCCUCCGCCACGGCGAAUCAACAAAAGCAAAAAGGAGGAGCCACCGGCGGUUCAUCAUCCUCAUCUUCCAGCGCAUCCUCCUCUUCUAGUACUGCAAACGCGUCGAACACAGCAGCAACUACAGCUGGCCUAGCUCACCAGCCAAGCGCAUUUUCUUCUUCCUCAGCGUCGACUUUGACAAAACACGCGAAUGCUAGAAGAACGAACUUUCUCUCCACCGGUAGCAUUUUCGGCGGUUCCUCAAUAGUUGGCCCUUCGUCUUCUAGUUCUAUUCCAAAACUGAAGACGAGCAAUCUCUUCGGCCCUACGUCCGUCACCCAACCUCCGCCGCCGGCGCCUCUCUCUGCCGACGAGCAGGCGAGGGCGAAGCGCCUACGGCUGCAAAGAAUGCAGUCAACCACGAAUUUGAACGGCUUGGGAAAGGAGAUUCACAAGAUAGGGAAAGAUGUUGGGAAACAUCAAGAAGAUCAAACCAAUUCAAAAAACGAGGACCACGUUAGCGCAGACAAGAGCGGUGCGCCAGAAGAGAACAUGAUCUCCAUCACGCAAGACAACAUGAAGGCCAAAUCUACUACCAGUACGAAAUCAGCAACAAAAAUAUACCGGAAGCGGUUUGAGAGGGAAGUUUUGAGGAAGAUAGCAAGGCGGAGGCAAAACGAAAUGAUGCACAAGGAAAAACUACAAGAACAACUAUCACCUCCUCCAGACAGUGACUUAGACUCGAUGGUGACGGAAGCCGUCAUCGCCGACACGAAUGACGUCAUCUCGUUCUUGGAAACGAGUUUGUUCCCGUCGUAUUUGGAGCCGGAAGUAGACGGGGAGGAAGAGGUGGAGAGUGUUGAUAGUGUCGGGGGGACGGGAGAUGCGGCGGAGAUUCAAAUAAAUCCGUAUGCGGCGGAUGCGGAAGCGGAGCUGGGUGAGGAGGAAGAGGAUGACAAGGAGGCUCAAGAACUGCUGGACGUCCCUGUAGUUGCAGAGGAAGCUGAGCCACAGGCUGGUGUCGGUGAGGGCGACGCAAGACAACCGGUACUGGAGAAGACAAUCGACCCUCCACCACUGAACAUUCCAAAACCAGAAGACGUCAACGUCAGCCUACUUGACAAAACUGCAACAAGCACGAAACACAAAGACAAGAAAAACCCGAAUAAAUCGGGGGCAGGAGCGACCUCAAGCGCUGCGCGCGAAGUUGGGGGAGAACAGCCCCUGCCUGCUCAGACGAGUUCCUUCUCCUCGCAUUUGCUGGCGGAAAAGAACCUGCAGGCAAACAGGAAAAAGCUCGACGCGCUGGUGGCUGGUGACAAAUCAUCGUCGUCCAGUGUGCGCAUCAUACAACCAGCGGCAGACAACGCGAUUGGGAGUGCAGCUGCUGGUGCUGCAGCUGGGAAAACCAAAAUAACAACCGAGGGGAGUACAACCACGCCAGCAGUUGCACCAGUAGAGCCCGCUGCUCCUACACAGAAGAGGUCGUACAAACCAGCGACGUUCAUUACCAGCAUGGGGGCGAAGCUUUUGUCCACAGGGAAGCGGGUGUUGCAACGGACGCUGUCGGGGUUUUCCCCUUCGGAAGGAGAAAAAGAUCAUCAUGGUGACACUGUGCGUGGGGCUGCGGCUGCGGCUGCACCAGCAGCGGAACCAGAGCGGAAACUGUUGGUGGCAAACGAUGAUCAGGAUGACGCAGGAGCAGCGCCGGAACCACAACAGGAACAUCAGCAGCAAAAGCCUCAGCCGCCCAUGCAACCGCCUGUCAGUCAGGGUCCGGGUCCGGGUCCGCAAGCUUUCCUGUCUGGCAUGCUGAACACAUCCGGAAAUAACGCGCAAGGAUCCAGCGCAAGCUCGCAGUUUGAUUUCGCUGCUGGUGCCCCGGGAGUCCCUGCUUUCGCCACCGGCGCUGCGUUUGCGUCGCAAACCGCAUUCGGGCAGCCCGCGUUUGGGGCAACUGCGUUUGGAACAAGCACAAGUAGCCAAUUCGGUUCUGGAUUCGGUGCUGCGCCAGCUUUUGGAGCUCCUGCGAGUCAGUCUGCAUUUGGUGCUUCGCAAGUAGAACAAGUACAACCUCUGCAGCUACAGCCGUCGCAGCACAUGGGUUCGAGCCUUCCAAUGCCACCUCCAAACAGUCAGUCACAGUUCGCAGCUGCGCCGCCGGCUUCACAAAGUGCGGUGCCAGCAGGCUUCAGCAAUUAUGGUGGCGCCACCACCCCUUUCAACCCCUCCCAGUCCGCCCCGCAAAUGCAGAGCAACGAUUUUCAGCAAAAUUUUCAGCCGAUGCCCAGUCAGUCCCAAGCACAACAGCAAUUUGGCUCAACCAUCGGCGGAUUUGGAAGUCUCAGCAACAACAGCGGGAUGAAUAUGAAUUUUGCUGCGGGGUUUCCUUCCUCACAAAUCAUGCCCCCUGCUCCUUCCCAACAACUGCCACAGGGGUCGUUUGCGGCGAUGGUCAAUUCGCAACCAUUUCCGAUGUCACAACUACAGCCGCAGUCUAGUCAGGCGAUGCCUCCGCAAUCGCGAGGUGUGUUGACCGGUAACAUUGGCGGCGGACCACGGACCAUGAUAAAUCCCAACCCGUAUGACCAGUUGCAGAUGCAACCUCCGCAACAAAGUCAGCAAAUGCAGCAGCCAAUGGGGACGACGAACUUCAUGACGAUGCAGCAACAGCUGCAGCAGCAGCCUGCCAUGCCACCCCCACCGCUACCCUCGCCCAACAGCGCAAUUGCAUCGCAAAAUCAAAUGGGACCGCAUGGAGCGCAGCCAGCAGGUUUUGGCGGAGGUACGAUUUGGGAUUUUUUUACUUUGAAGCGUUUAGUUUUCACGCUGAUGCUAGUAGUAGAAGUGGCACAUUGUAGAAUCGAAUAACAAAUUGAAUCUCUGGAGCUUAGUUUUCGUCCUCGACGAUGCUUCCUUACAGUCACCAUACAUUCCGUAUUUCUCCAAAUUUUGAUUUCAGGUACAACGGCGAACGCCAACAACUUUGCAGCCACCAAUACAUUCUCCACCGCCGGCUUUGGCUCGGCGUUCAACAAUAGUACCGCGGCAAGCAGCAGCAACUUCCCCAGUGGGGGGUUCGCGAAACUUGUUGAAGCCACUACAACUUCCGUGACCAACAAGAACCCCCAAAACACCACAGCAUCCUCCGCACCAGACAUCAACAUACUCGAUGAUCCCGGUGGCCCGAUUUUCCCCGACGGAAACAUCGACCCCAGGACCAAAAUACCACCGCAAAACGAGCCGAAUAAGCUCCAACGGAUGAAGAUCGACAGCUGCAUGAAGGGGAUGAAAAAAGCGGUGACUUCCAACUCGUUCGACAAGGAGGAGACGAGGAAGAACCUGUUCCAAGCGAAGUUGAAAACCUACAUUGACGCCGGGUUCGUCCGCCUGUCGCACCUGUUGACCCGAGACCCGAAAUCGGGGCGGACACUGUUUCAGGAGAUCGUGGUCCGGGGGCGACUGGAUUUCUACCAGGAGUUGAAGAAAGUGAUCCCCGCGGACAUUUUCCAGGCGGUACACGAAGACCGCACGAACAGCAGCUUGCACUGCCUGUAUUUGUGUUUAUUGGCUUUCAACGUGGAGAAUACGAACAACGACCACGAGAAGGAGCAGAACAUCGUGAAAAUGUUUCAGGAGUUGUCCUACCAGCUGGAACACAAGGUGUUUUUCACGGAAGGGAUUGACGUCACGAGGGAAAAGGAAUUGCUGGAACUUGGUGACGAUCUCCCGAACAGUGGUAGAACUACAGGCGGUGGUGGUGCAAGCGGAGCUACGUCGUCGAGUUCAUCUUCUAGCAGUGGUACAACUACAACUGGAAUUGGAAAUUAUAGCAUUACAACUUCAUCUCUGCACCGAAACCUCGACUCCUUAAGGGGAAAAAAGAUAACCGUGCCCGAACUCAUGGAGCACAAGAUGGAAAAGGGCGACAUUGGCUUCAUCGAAGCAAUAUCCUGUGCAAAGGCAUCGCACUCGUAUAAUAAAUGCAAGUCUUGCAUUACAAAUAUUCUUCUUAAAGGUGAAUACGCAUUACAAAUUUUAUUUGUCAUGCUGGGAAAAUUUGUAAUGCAUUUAUUCGAGUAUGAUACUUUUGCAAUGCAUAAGCAAACUGGCUCCGCGACGUGAUGAAGAAACGAGUAGGAAAAUUGGCCGGGUCGUAUCAAAUGCAAAAAUGUCUGGGUCUGGAAGGUUCUAAACUUAUAAUGCUGUCCCUGGAUUCUGAAAAAAUUCGCAUUGCAUGACCAGCAAGAGAACUCCAGUUUGUGCUACGCGGAGAGGGCAUUAUUUCUCAUGCGGCAGAGGCAUCGCAUCAAAGUCCUCUAAAUAUCUGUGAUGCUAGGGCAUGCAUCACAGACAUCAUGGGCCAUUCAAAAUAUGCAUGACAAGUCUGGCAAUCUUCCAGACCCAGACGCUUUUGCAUUUGAUAGGUCAAGGGAGGCGUCGAAAGUGGCGACCGGCGAAGGGGGUGGCGGGAAUGAUGAGAACAAUGGAGGUGGCUACAACAACAAUAAUAAUCCGAAUGGAGGGCCGCCAGGGGGCGGGAUGAAUAAUUUUUACACGACGUCGGGUUUUGGCGUUGCGACAGGCGAUACACAGUUGGUGAUGUGAAGAUGUCGACGAGUACUAGGCUGGUUUCAACUACUAUUUUUAUAUCAGUUCUCGUCGUCGUGGUCCUCAUGUAGGUACUAUUUAAUGAUUAGUGUGUGGCUCACGCUCGGCUGAUAUUCCUUGUCCUUGUGUGCAAUAGCCAGCAGCUGUGGAGAAGCCUAUGCAUGUGCCAUCCAGAGCAGUAGAAGUCCCUUUAUCUCCCAACCUCGUUUGUCGGUCUACUUGAGCUAAUCCCAAUCGAAGAAAUGUGCGUAGAGGUAAAAGUUGAGCUUUCUUUUGAUUUUUUACCAGUCGCAUCUUCCCUUUCCAACUGAGAAGUUGUUCCUCGAAACUUUCUUCUGAUUUUGUUCAUGCCCACUUCGAGCUAAAUUUUCCAACCUACGCAGAGCUGACUUUCCAUCUGUAGCGCACUUGAAUGAGGGCUACAUCCGAGCUUUUUGCUUUCUCCUACUAUGAGGAGCACAAGGGUCAGACUUCAUCUCAGAAGUCUCAUUUAUAUCAAUUUUCAACACCAGCGACGUUUCGUAUUAAAAGUGAACUCUAUCACAGCGAUGAAUAACAAUGCAAACAGAAGCGCCCUGUCGUGGAAACACUCACCCGGCAGAGGACAGCGACACCAAACGACAGAAUUCCAAUAUUUCAACGACGCGACGUGGACGUUUCUGACAUUUACAAACAAAUGAGAAGACAUGACAGCACUUCGCAUGAACACAUUGAAUUGCGACGCGAAAGCGCAGAAACAUCUCUCGAUAACCUGUUUGAAGGAGAACUUUUGCGCUGAUUGUGCGCGAAGGUGAAU